AUGUUGAGGAGGAUUAGUCACUGUAUGUCGGAACAUACGAAGCAGGCACAGCGACAAGUUCAGAGGAUCGUUUAUGUUCAGGUAGGUCUUCGUAGUGUAAUAUAUAUCCUUAACAUACAUAUAUGACCAUAACUGCAAUAAGUCGCCUUAUAUUAUACAAGUUUUACUGAGUAAGUUACAGGUCAGUUACCCAGUAAUGGCCCUCUUUAUCCCCAUGACCGUACUACCCAUCGUAUCUCUACUACAGCUUAACAUACCAUAUAUAGGCAAGUUUGAAGCUAUAACCAGGACCACGCCUCUUUUCAACUCUCUUGCUGUCAUCUGGUGUGUGCCAUUGUAUCGAAACACGAUUCUGAAGAUAUUUGGAAAGAGAUUUGUUCAACAUCAAUAUAAACAUAGUAUCACCAAUCUCAACAACUAUGUUCGUAUUAACAAUGUUAUUGGCAUUACUCGGCUUCAAAUUGUACCAAAAGCACUAUUUGAGAGAAAGUUGGCCCCAUUACCUCCAAUCGGUACCAGAAAGUUGGUGAAUGAGGAUUUGGAUGUGAAUGAUCUUUACUUGGGUAAUAUGAAAUCUAUCAUACCUGAUUCACCGUGA